AUGGUUGAUGCCGCCAUCAAGACCCUGAAGGAACGUAUAGGUUCAUCAUUGCCCGCCAUCAAGAAAUACUUGGCCAGCACCUACAAAAAGAAGAAGGCCCCAGCCGCUGGUGACAAAAAGAAGAAGGCUGCCGCCCCUAAAAAGGCCGCUGGUGAGAAGAAGGCAGCUGCCAAAAAACCCUCUGCCGCCAAGAACACCGCUAAAAAGAAGAAGGCCAACAAAACAAAGGCUCCCAAGAAAACCGGUACAGUUAAAGCUAAACCAGCAAAGACCGCCGCCAAAGCAUCUGCCACUAAACCAAAGGCACCCAAGGCAAAAACUGCAGCUGCUAAGCCCAAAAAGGCUGCAGCAGCAAAGAAGCCAACUGCUAAGAAAGCCGCCGCCAUGAAGUAA